UUUGUGCCUCGUCGUAUCCAGGAAGUUGAGGCCAAAAGGUUUAGCAAGAAAACGUUUCCUUGUAUCUUGAGACUUAACGUUUCUGGCUUUCUAAUAUGGACUGGAAUGGAGAUAACGAUGGUAAGAACCACGACAGUUGCCAUGGCCACGGCGGCCAUUCCCAUGGGCCUGCGGUGCAUGGAUUCGGGGGUCACGGUGGUGGGAUGGCGCACGGGUUCAUGCCUGCUUUCCAUGGCCAAUUUGGCCCAAGAGCUGAGCAGAUGAUGGACCCCACACAGCAGCCUAAGAAACGGUCACAUAUGGACGACAGCAGCAGCUGGGACAUUGUCAAGGCAACACAAUUUGGUGUCCUUGAACGGUGUAAGGAACUGGUGGAGGCUGGUUACGAUGUGAGACAACCUGACAAGGAGAACGUCUCCCUUUUGCACUGGGCAGCCAUCAACAACCGUACAGAGGUGGUCAAGUAUUAUAUGUCGAAAGGGGCCGUCAUAGACCAGCUUGGUGGUGACCUGAACUCUACACCCCUGCAUUGGGCCAUAAGGCAAGGCCACCUCUCCAUGGUGAUCCAGUUGCUGCGGUACGGAGCCGACCCGUCGGUGUCUGACGGCGAGGGCUACCGCAGCCUGCAUCUGGCCAUCCUCUUCCAACACAUGCCCAUAGCAGCCUACCUGAUGGCCAAAGGGCAGGAAGUUGACUUUCCAGACUCAAAUGGGCAGACACCCUUGAUGUUGGCAGCGCAAAAGAUCAUUGGGCCCGAGCCCACUAACUUCCUGGUCAAGUGCAAUGCAUCGGUAAGUGCAGUGGACAAAGUGAACAGGAACUCUCCGCUCCACUGUGCCGUGCUGGCGGGAAACGUAGAUGCCGCACACAUUCUGCUGGAGGCCGGGGCCAGCGUGGAUUCCGAGAAUGCUAAUGGUCACACACCCUUAGACUUGGCCCACCAGGUGAAUAGCCCCCUUCUCAUCCACAUGCUCAACCACGUCAAACAGGAAAGGAUCCGCUCCAACUCCCGCUGUCUGCGCUUUCUUAACCGAUACAAGGUGUGCACACAGUUCACAUUCUCUGCUGCGCUGUUAGGCAGCGUGGGAGCGAUAGCUGACUUUAACUCGGAGUCCUGGCUCCUCAAAGGGCUUCUGCUGGGUGCUGUCAUUGCCGUGAUCAACCUGGCACAACGACAAAUGACAAGCCCUGCCCUGAUGUCCCUGGUUCCUGCCACAGCUCUGAUGGCAUCUGUCUUCUGGAUGAUUGUCACCUGGUUCCUGUGGUUCCUUCCUGAUGGUCCCAGUGCCGCAGUUCAGGGGCUGUUUGCUCUCAACUCCACGGCGCUCCUCUGCUGCUACUUCCGUUCCUGUAGAACCGACCCCGGUAUCGUCAAGGCCACUGAGGAGGAGAAAAAGAUGAAUGUGGUGUUACUGGCGGAGGCGGGCUGCUUGGAUCCCAGGAUCUUCUGUACGUCCUGUAUGAUGAAGAAGCCCAUGCGGGCCAAUCAUUGCUUCUCAUGUGACGCCUGCGUGGCGAAACAGGACCAUCACUCAAUCUGGAUCAAUGGCUGCAUAGGAGCCAGGAAUCAUCACUACUUCGUUCUGUUCCUGUUUUCGCUCUGCCUGAUCGGGGCGUGGAUGUUCUACGGAUGUCUCGUGUACUGGUCCAAGCACUGCCCGUUGCACUACCAGGAGGAGGGCAUGUGGAGUGCUUUAUCUGCCCUGGUAGGCUGCUCUUCCUGGGUGCUUGGCAUCUUCUGUCUGGCCUUCUUCCAUACCUCCUGGGCCUCCAUUCUCCUGGCCUUACAGCUCUACCAGAUUGCUUUCUAUGGCCUGACCACGGCUGAGAGGGCCAACUUGAUGCUUCGCCAGAGGAAACUCCCACAAACCAUCUCGCUCAGGCAAAACCCAUACAAUUUGGGUGUGGUGAGGAACCUGCUUUCGUUCUUCCAGCUUCGUUUCUGCGGGCUGUUCAAGCCGGUUGUGGUCGAUUGGACGAAGCAGUACCCACCUGGCCGAGAACACAUGUUCAGCCACCCUGACAUUGUCUAAGCUCCAGAGGUUCUGAGGACAUCCAUCAUGAUUCUGGAUCAAGUGGACGGACCUUAAAUAUUUUUGUUAUCUUUUAUAUAUCUUGGACUGUUUGAGAAGAAACGCCACUGUAAAUGGACAUUUGCAUGGAGGGAAAUGUAAAUAUAUACAUUGACUUUUUGUACAGACUGCUGCUGCCUUACACUGGUACAUAUUAUGAGAAGUCUAGAUGUAUAAUUUGGAUGUAGUUAAAUUGGCCUUAACUUGGCUUACAAACUUUAACGGUAAUUGUUUUGAUGAAUAUAUAUACUACUGUUCAAGUUUGGCGUCAGUUAGAAAUGUCCAUGUUUUUGAUAUAAAAACAAUAUUGUCCAUUAAAAUAACACCAUAUUGAUCAGAAAUAGAGUGCAGACAUUGUUAAUCUUGUAAAUUACUAUUGUAGCUGCAAACAGCUGAUUUUUAGGAUUGUCUACAUAGGUGUACAGAGGCCCAUUAUCAGCAACCAUCAGUCCUGUGUUCCAAUGGCACAUUGUGUUUGCUAAUCCAAGUUUUAAAACCAGUAAUUUUAAAAGGCUAAUUGAUCAUUAGAUCAAUUUUGCAAUAAUGUUAGCACAACAGAAAACUGUUUGGCUUUUUAAAGAAGCAAUAAAACUUUUGACUAGUUCAGUAUUUUUAGCAUCAGUAAUUGUGGGUUCAGUUACAGGCCAAAAUAGCCAGAAACAAAGAACUUUCUUCUGGAACCCGUCAGUCUGUUCUUGUUCUGAGUAAUUACGGCUAUUCCAGGUGAGAAAUUACAAAGAAACUGAAGAUCUCAUACAACGCUGUGUACUAACAGCACGAACUCCCUGCACAGAACAGCGCAAACUGGCUCUAACCAGAAUAGAAAGAGUGGGAGGCCCUGGUCCACAAGUGAACAAGAGGACAAGUGCAUUAAAGUGUUUACUUUGAGAAAUGCCAGUUUCAACACCAGUGCCAUUCCUCAUUGUGGGAUGUGCUUCAGGAAGUAUGGGGUAAAAUCUCUUCAGAUUACCAAAAACAAAUUGACAACUAGAAUGCCAAAGGUCUGCAAGGCUGUGAUUGCUGCAAAUGGAGGAUUCUUUGACUAAAGCAAAGUUGGAUGGACAUCAUUAUUAUUUAAAUUAAAAAGGAUUGUUUC